AUGACGGCGGCGGCGGCGACGACAUCUGAUGAUAGUAAAAGUGACGGGAGAAGAAAUAACAGAGGCCAAGGGAAGAAGAAGAUUAACAUUGCGCGAAUCGAAAACAAAUCUCAAAGAAUGGUGAGUUUCUCCAAGCGCAAAUCCAGUCUGUUAAAAAAUGUGAGUGAGUUUCAGAAAUUAACAGGACAAGAGGUUGGCGCCGUAGUCUUCUCCCCCGCCGGUCAAAUGUACACCUCCAUCAACGACAACAACAACAACGGGGAGCCCUCCUCCUUUGACGUUAUUGUUGACCGAAUCCUGCAAGUUGGCGAUCCCUCCACCUCGACGAUACAAUUACAACAAGAUAUCAGGAUGAGGACGACGACGACUAGGGAAUCAUCCGACAAGAGCGACAACGACGACUCUGCGUUUCUGAUCGGAUGGAUCCUCAAUGCAAUUGGUUUUGAUGAUGAUCUUGUUGAGUCCAAUGAUUUACAAUUACUGGCGUCCAAGAUGGCGGAUCUCGAGAGGAUUAAAGAGGAGGUCGACAGCCGCAUAACUUCUUCUUAA